AGAGAAGACAGCGCUUCCGCGGAAAACUCCUUUCUGACAGUCUUGGCGUUUCGGUGGCUUCUUGGCACUUUAUCUUAACUACUGCUGCAUGAAAUGUCAUGGCUCACAAAAAUAAUCUGGUACCACCAGCUGAUCCGGACAGGACCAGAACCUGACUUCAGGCAGAAGGUUACAGCAUAACAGAAAUCCAUUGAAGAAUUUCUGGAUGUGGUUCAGGAGAGGAAGAGGAAUGUCAAAUUUAAGAACUAAAAGCCUCCAGUCGCUUCGCUUCACCGGACGCCAUGCCCCGCCUGCUCGUUCUUCGCCUACUUCCCCGCCGCCGCGUGACCCAAUUGGGGCUCCAACCCGGCCGCCGCCUGGCCCGCUCGGAGUCCCGCCGCCGCCAGCACCCCAAGUCGUCUGUGGACAGCGCCGUUGCGCUCGUGAUGGUUUUUGCGACCUUCUUAGCACCGAGCGGGUAUGUGCUGAGCAAUCUGAGCGACCUCAGAAGAGCCUAGGUGGAAGAAGCUGUGGAGCUGCGUUAACACCCGAGGAGCUUUCAGAAAAAGCGGUGGCUUGCUUAAAGGAGGAAAAGCGUUUAGCUGGGCUGACGCUGCAGCCAUUGUGGGUAUUCAGUUCACAACCGUGUGUUUUUGGUAAAUAUUUUGCAGUUUUUUAGUACUGUGCGUAACAUGCAGAUGAGUUUGUAGACUCAUUUCCAAAUGUUGAAUAAAGUUGAAGCAUUCAUGCACGGUA